AUGGCCAAGAUCAGCUCCCUGAACGUCCGCGUGGUGGAGGGCCGGGCGCUGCCCGCCAAGGACGUGUCUGGGAGCAGUGACCCCUACUGCAUCGUGAAGGUGGAUGACGAGGUGGUGGCCAGGACGGCAACCGUCUGGCGGAGCCUGAGCCCCUUCUGGGGGGAGGAGUACACGGUGCACCUGCCCCUGGACUUCCACCACCUGGCCUUCUACGUGCUGGACGAGGACACGGUGGGGCACGACGACAUCAUCGGCAAGAUCUCGCUGAGCAGGGAGGCCAUCGCCGCGGACCCCCGAGGAAUUGACAGCUGGAUUAACCUGAGCCCCGUGGACCCGGAUGCCGAGGUGCAGGGGGAGAUCUACCUGGCUGUGCAGAUGCUGGAAGACGUGCGCGGCCGCUGUCUUCGCUGCCAUGUGCUCAAGGCCAGGGACCUGGCCCCCCGAGACAUCUCCGGCACAUCAGACCCCUUCGCACGCGUGUUUUGGGGCAGCCAGAGCCUGGAGACUUCGACCAUCAAGAAGACGCGCUUCCCGCACUGGGACGAGGUGCUGGAGCUGCGGGAGAUGCCGGGCGGCCCCUCCCCACUGCGGGUGGAGCUCUGGGACUGGGACAUGGUGGGCAAGAACGACUUCCUGGGCAUGGUGGAGUUCCCCCCCAAGGUCCUGCAGCAGAACCCCCCCAACGGCUGGUUCCGUCUCCUGCCCUUUCCCAGAGCGGAGGAGGAUGCUGGGGGGAGCCUGGGUGCCCUGCGGCUGAAGGUGCGCCUCCUGGAGGACCGGGUGCUGCCCUCCCGGUGCUACCGGCCACUCCUGGAGCUGCUCAUGGAGUCCGUGCUGCAGCCGGCAGAGGAGGACGUGUCCAGCCCCCUGGCGGUGCUGGAGGAGCUGACCUUGGGGGACUGCCGCCAGGACCUGGCCACCAAGCUGGCGAAGCUCUUUCUCGGCCAGGGCCUGGCCGGGCCCUUUCUGGACUAUCUCACCCGGCGGGAGCUGGCGCGGACCACCGACCCCAACACCCUCUUCCGCUCCAACUCCCUGGCGUCCAAGUCCAUGGAGCAGUUCAUGAAGCUCGUGGGCAUGCCCUACCUGCACGAGGUGCUGAAGCCGGUGAUCAGCCGCGUCUUCGAGGAGAAGAAGUACAUCGAGCUGGAUCCGAGCAAGAUGGACCUGGGCCGCACCAAGAGGCUCUCCUUCAAGGGCUCGGCCUCGGAGGAGCACGUGCGGGAGGCCAGCCUGGGGCUGCUGAUGGGCUACCUGGGGCCCAUCGUGGACGCCAUCGUGGGCUCCGUGGGGCGCUGCCCGCUCGCCAUGCGCCUCGCCUUCAAGCAGCUGCACCGGCGCGUGGAGGAGCGCUUCCCGCGGGAAGAGCACAAGGACGUCAAGUACCUGGCCAUAAGCGGCUUUCUCUUCCUGCGAUUCUUUGCACCUGCCAUCCUCACCCCAAAGCUGUUUGACCUCCGGGACCAGCACGCCGACCCCCAGACUGGCCGCUCACUGCUGCUGCUUGCCAAGGCUGUGCAGAGCAUCGGGAACCUGGGCCAGCAGCUGGGCCAGGGCAAGGAGCUGUGGAUGGCCCCCCUGCACCCCUUCCUGCUGCAGAGCAUCUCACGAGUGAGGGACUUCCUGGACCAGCUGGUGGACGUGGAUGGGGAGGAGGAGGCUGAGGGCCCAGCCAGGGCCCUGGUCCCGCCCUCCGUGACCGUCCGGGAAGGCUACCUGCUGAAGCGCAAGGAGGAGCCCGGCGGCCUGGCCACACGCUUCGCCUUCAAGAAGCGCUACUUCUGGCUCAGCGGGGAGACCCUGUCCUACGCCAAGAGUCCCGAGUGUCAGGUACGCUCCUCCAUCCCCGUGCCGCACAUCCGCGCCGUGGAGCGCGUGGACGAGGGCGCCUUCCAGCUGCCGCACGUCAUGCAGGUGGUGACCCAGGACGGCGCGGGGACGCUGCACACCACCUACCUCCAGUGCAGAAAUGUGAAUGACCUCAACCAGUGGCUGUCGGCCCUGCGCAAGGCCAGCGCCCCCAACCCGGACAAGCUGGCCACCUGCCACCCCGGGGCCUUCCGCGGCGCGCGCUGGACCUGCUGCCUGCAGGCGGAGCUCUCCGCUGCUGGUUGCAGCCACACGCACUCGGCCGUCACCCUGGGAGACUGGAGUGACCCCCUGGACCCCGACGCUGAGACCCAGAUGGUGUACCGGCAGCUGCUCCUGGGGCGGGACCAGCUCAGGAUGAAAUUCCUGGAGGAUUUCAACGCGGAUUCAAGUCCGGAGGCAGACAGGGAGGACUCCGGGGCCAUGGAAGGGGCCUGCCCCGACGCCCUGGCCGGGCAGAGAGAAGCAGCGGCCCGCCUGCUGGAGGUGCUGGAGGACCUGGAUCGAGCCCACGAGGAGUUCCAGUGGCAGGAGCAGGGGAAGGCGGUCCCGGGUCUCCGCAGGCCCUGA